AUUUUUGUGAAGAUUAAAUGCAAGCAUAACACCCUAAUUACCACAAUUGUAGCAAAAAAAAACGUAGCACACAACCCAAGUACGCCUCGGUGGUGUGUUAAAAGAUGAAAAUUAAUGUAAACAAACCAAACUACUGUAUAUACUGAGGUGCUGUGUUCUUAAAAGCAGUGCCCAUAAGAACGCGUGUAGUUUAAUAUUUGACAGAUGUCGCUCGUCUCUUGUCGUCGUCUAGGUGUUCAGCACUUGAUAGUUGACCUGCAUGAUAAGGUGACAUAUUUUUGUACUUUUGUCACACGAAAAAUUAAAAAUUUUCAAAGUUGUAAUGGAGCAUUUGUAUAAUGUUGGAAAACGCUAUAAGUCAAUUUUCUUUGUUUUUUGUUGAAUUGCAAAUUUAUGUUUAUAUAUGUUAAAAAAUACAUACAGUAGAAUCCGGAUUAUCUAACAAAAGUGUUUCGACGGCAUAAAUUAGUUAAAAAGAAAUUGUGAAAUAAAUUAUUAAAAUUAACUGUACCUCUAUUGAACCGCACGACGAGUUUAAGGAAAUUACAGAAGCAAUGAAAAUUCUUAGCAAUGAUGAAGGGUGUGUUGAAAGGAAUAUUAUAGAGUGGCUGAACUGCGUUAAUGAAUACCCUGGAUUCCAAACAUCAACUGAUGAAAAAAUCAUUGACGCUUUGAACGGAAGGAGAGAGAGAAGCUGAUGAAGCGACUGAAACUGGGGAUGCACCUACAUAUGUCAAGUACCAGCUCACGCAAAAACUUUUGAAGCACUAGAUGUUGUUUUUAAAUGGUUUGAAAGGCAAGACAAAUCGGAUCCCAUAUAGUUAUUACAACUGGAGUGCAUCAGGUCAUUGGCCGUUAUACAAAGAUUUGAUUCAUUACGUGAAAAUUCAAUCACAGGUUAUUUUCAACCAAAAUUUUAAAUUAUAUAGGUAUUUUUUACCGUAGAACGUGUUUUAUAUAUCGUGUUGUCCAAACGACGCAUGUGAAACCGAUUAUAUAAUUACUAUUAUAAUUGAUUAAAAUUCAAAUAUUGUUUGACUUGUUGAUUAUCCAGAAUACCGUUGCUCUUAUUUAAUCCAGAUUACAGAGAUUAUACUGUAAUUGUCUUUUAGCAUGAUAUGAAUUGCUUAUGUUUUAAAUUUCCAAACGCGUUAGAAACGUGUGCAGACUUUGAUUCAAUUUUAUUUUUAAUAAUUUGUAAUAUUGCGAACUUAAUCCUUAAACGCUUAACUAGUCUCUUAUUAACUGAUUAUUUGUGAUGCACUUAACAGGAAAUCAUUGUUAAAGUUCGAAAUUACGCUAAGACGUCUUUUUUAUGUGAACUCGCACAUGCAUAUCACGACAAAGCUAUAAAGAGACUUUAAGCGGUGUGCACUUUAUAUUAGCCGUAAUAUUAAGAUUAGUUUACCUUUACGUGGAACACGUCAUGCCAGUUUCAACGAUAAAUACCAUGCCCAUAAUAAAGAUACCCGAUGAAUUUUCCCUGUAAUCGAUGUCUACAAUAACGAAAAUGGUACUAGAACAAACCAGAAUUGACAAUCGAAAUCGAUAAAUUUCCAGAUGUAUCUAGAUAUCGAUUUUCGUAGUUGCCAGAAUGUUCGAGUGCCGAUGUAUCGCUUACAAUCGACUAUGAAUUAAAGAUACCACAACUUAAAAAGGAGUUGGAACAACUAGGCUUAGCAACGAAUGGGUUGAAAGCUAAGUUACAAGCCCGGUUGCGAGAGGCGAUGGAAGAAGAAAACAUCAACGUUGACGAAUAUGUUUUUGAAUCGGUGUUGGAGGAAUCAACAACUAAGAUAGAAGAAAAGGAGAAGACUACAUGUUCCUCGGGGAUACAGGACAUGAACAUGGUUUUGUCUGCAAUAUCCCAGAUGUCCUCGCAGUUGUCGUCGCAGAUGUCGUCACAGUUUCAAGGGCAGAGACUUGAAUUAAUGGAGAUUAAAGCACAGCAGUCGCAGUUGUCAACACAAGUGACCUUACAAAUAACAGAUCUGCCCUCACAGAUAUCAGCUCAAUUGUCUUCACAGUUAAAAGAGCAGAAGGAAAGUCCGUCGCAGGAGGUGACCUCAUAUAUCGCUCAGGUGCCAACAAAGCUGAAAGAGCACGAGGAGAUUUUGUCAAAACACUUGGAAGCGAAUGAGGCGCGUAUGCCAAAACUUUUGGAAACACAUAGAGAGAUUUUGUCAACACAGUUGGAAUCGAAUGGGGUGUCCUUACAGUUGAAGGAGGACGAGUCUAUGGAUGUGACCUUAAAUAGAGCAGAGGUGUUAACACAGCUGGAAGUACAUGGAGAGUGUAUACACAAUUGAAGGAGCAGGAGGCACAUAUAAUGACGCAGGUGAUCCCAGAGAAGUCAGACGUGUCAUGGGCAAAAGAUUGUGAUAUGAAGGUACAAGAAUCUCAAGAUGAAGCUCCAGUUGUGAAACGUCCAAAGAAAGAAGAAAUGUCUGUAGAACCUCUAGUCGCGAAGGCACAGUGCAACAGUUUUAAGUUGGUGGCUGGUUGCUUAUAUCGAGUGUGGAAAGGCAAAGGAGGAUACUGCUCCCGAUCUCUCGUGGUUGUUGGAAACGAAAGAUCACCUAAAGUUUGCUACGAGAUGCACAAAGGUCCAAGUGAAGGGCACAUAAGAAUCACGGGAACCUUGGGAAGGUUGAGGAAUCAGUUUUGUUGGGUUGGUUGUCGUCAAUCAAUGAGAGAUUUCAUUGCAAAUGAGAUGUCGAGUUCCAAGAGACAUGUUCAGAUGAAGCAGUACAGUUCGGGAACGCCAUUGGAGCAAUUUGCCAUAGUUGUAGCUGGUCCAUAACCUACCAGCAAAUCAUUAAACAGGAGUGGUUUGAUGGCUAGGACGGAGAAAUACCCAAUUCUAAGCCAAGAGCCUGACGAGAUGGUGGGCGUGGACAUCAAAAGUUGGGAGAUGUCCCAGAAGCUAUGUGUCCGGAAAAUAUUUGAAGCUGCAUCACAUCCAAGAUCCGAUAUCAUGGUGGAAAAAUUCAUCCGAAUUUUGGAAGAGCAUUUUAGAAAGCUGGUGGACAGGUAUCACCACAGGUAUAGAGGAUGUCCAUAUAUCCAUGUUCCUGGCUUAUCGGCCUGCUGUACAGGAAUCAACGGUGUAGACGACAGCGAGUAUAAUUUUUUGUUACUGAAUGAUUUAAGGUUUGGGAUUGAUGAAAAUGGAGGGGAAUGUUGGGGAGGACGACAGUGUCCUGGAGGAUGAAAUUAAGGGAAGAAAUGCUAAGCGUUUAGUUCUGGAAGUAUGUCUAAUCGGGACGAUCAGACUUAAUUGGAUGACAGUGUAACGAAAAUGGCACUAGAACAAACCAGAACUGACAAUCGAAAUCCAUAAAUUUCCAGAUGUAUCUAGAUAUCGAUAUUCGUAGUUGCCAGAAUGUUCGAGUGCCGAUGUAUCGCUUACAAUCGACUAUAUAAGGGCUGUCGGACUGGCAGCAAGAGACAGUUCUAAUAAGAGAGUUGUCGAGUGAGGACAAUUCUAAGGAGAGAGUUGUCGAGCAAAGUUAAACAAGUUAUAAGUUAGAGUUGUAAAGUAGAGUAUUGAGUACUAAAGUGUUAAGUUAUAAGGAAUUAGAAAUAAAGUUUAGUGUAUAGCCAUUGGAGUGUGACUUUUAUUUGACAAUCCAGUGAUCGAACUCAGCGUAGAGUUUCAGCGUUAACGACAGAUUUUGGAAAUCCGUUACUAUUGUACUACUAUUGUAACGGAUAUCUACCCUGAGUUCCAGUGAUCGAAUUGUCAAAUAAAAGUCACACUUUAAUGGCUACACACUAAUCGUUACUUCUUAAUCCUUAUAACUUAUCACUUUAUUACUCAAUACUCUCAAUACUUUACUUCUCGACAACUCUCACUUUAGAAUUGUGCUUACUCGACCACUCUCUUAUUAAAACUGUGUUUUUUUUACCAGUCCGCCAGCCCUUAUAUAGUCGAUUGUUGCAAUAUAUCGCCACUCAAACAUUCUGGCAACUACGAUAAUCUGGAUAAAUCUGGCCAGUUAUCGAUGAUUGCCGAUUCUAGUUUGUUAUGAUAUCAUGUUCGUUACAAUAGUCUUCGAUUGGCUAAUAGUAUGUUUACAUAUAAAAAUAAUCUCGUCUAAGCACGUUCAAUAAUCUAACCGUUUACAUAUAGCCAAAUAAGAUUAUCAAUUGUCAAAUGUGUUGUAUUUGUUGUUGUAUUACAUCUAUUUCUCUCCCUGUCGGCCAUUUUUGUUUACAUUUUCAUUUGACAUUUCUCCUCUUCUUCGCAAAAUUAUCGAUAAAACUAGGAAUAACCCCGAAAA